UUAAAUCCCAGUAACUGGAGGGCCAGAGAGGAGACAUCUGACAGAAGUCCAGAGAGAUUCACGUCUCAGUCAGAAAAGAAGACCAGAAACUCGUCGGCUUAGCAUCCAGCUAUUCAAAACAUGGCACUUCAGUCAGUAGGCAUAUCCUUGUCUAUGGUUGGACUGGCCGGCACCAUCGCAAUCUGUGCAAUGCCAAUGUGGAGGGUGACAGCAUUCAUUGGAAACAACAUUGUGGUGGCCCAGGUGUUUUGGGAGGGUCUCUGGAUGAACUGUGUGUACCAGAGCACAGGCCAGAUGCAGUGCAAGAUGUAUGAUUCCCAGCUGGAUUUGUCUCCUGAUCUUCAGACUGCCCGUGGUUUGGUGGUCAUCAGUAUAGUCAUGGCCUGUCUUGGAUUCCUGAUCUUUGUAGUGGGUGCCCAGUGCACCAACUGUCUAGAAAAUCAGCGUGCUAAAGCCACAAUUGUGGUGGUGUCUGGAGUCACCUAUGUCCUCACCGGCAUUACAACACUAGUACCAGUGUGCUGGACAGCAAACACUAUCAUCCGUGACUUCUACAACCCUCUGGUACCUAACGCUCUCAAGAAAGAGCUAGGUGCUGCUCUCUAUGCUGGUUGGGCAACAGCAGCCUUCUUGCUAAUUGGAGGGGCCAUGUUGUGCUGGACCUGCCCUCCAGAAAAAGAGCAUUACCCCAUGAGGUACACACCUGCCAAGCCAAAUACUGUCAACAGCUACAUUUCCCAAAACUAUGUCUGAGCCUCUCGUCCCCUUUCUUGCCACCAGCUCUAUCCCACCAGUUGAAUUAGACUGAAGAGAACUCUUGCUUCCUUUCUGAUCUCUUAAUUACUUCUGCAUGUCACUCUGCUGCUGUCAAUCACUUUGAGGACAUUGUUCAGCUGACGGAUACUCCUUUACUCAGAUUGUAAGAGUCUCCAGAUAGGCUGAAUUCAUUUAUUUUCUUGAGAGUCUACUAAUAUUGUCUACCUCGUGCAGACUAACAAAGGCCUUGGCUUUGUCACCCUGAGUACAAGCGAACAAUCCCAGCACGUAAGAGUGAUGGUCCUCUGAAUGCCAGUCUCCACUGCCCCACUUUUCAUUAAAGCUGUUACUCUUCCUGCCUCCUUUAUCUGAGUUUUAUCAGUUUUAUUAUCAAAUUUACAAAGCAAAAGCAAUUGACUAUAUUAAACCACAGCCCUAGACAGUCUAUAGAUCUCUUAAUUUGUUCUUUUAUUUUUGUAUAGUUUAAUAGUUAUUGGUACUUUUAUACAUGUA